GUGAUAUCAUAGUGAAAAGAGGCUGUAGAAAGCAAGUUGCCUGCUGAAGACUGGACUGCGUAUUCUAGUUUUUUUCCUGAUCUAAGUGAAGACAUUGCCUUGGCUGUUUUUAUUCCAGAACAGUGUCUCAGUUGAAGCUCUUUCCUUGAUGGUGUACCACUAGCAGCACCGAAGCUCAGAGGGAGCUGUGUGAGGGCUGGGAUCUCCUGGCUUCAGAGCUUGUGAGACUCAACAGCUGCUCUGGAGAAAUGUCCCCUAUGUAACCCCAGCUCCUGUACCAUGUACCAGUCUGGGUUUGUGCCACGGGAGUAUUGCCCAGCUGUGAUCCCACCUUCUGCCUGUGCCUACCUACCGCUGCGAACUGGGAGAGUGGAUGACACAACGAAUUCCAUGAUGUUCCCUCCCAUCCACAUGCACAACCUCUACAGCCGUCCCAUCACCUUUGUGGUGGACCGGAACAGUUACCCUGACUAUGUGGGAAAUCAGGUGGAGUAUCAUCAUCUCUACAGUGCCUCCAAUCCCUACUUCCAUCCAUACUAUACUUGGCACUUACCCCCUGUGGUCCCUAUCCCUCUGUACAAUCCCUAUGCAAACUAUAAUCCUUACACCACUUACCAGAGGCCAGAUCAGUAUCGAGACACUUGGCCAGAAGGCUUCACGAUGAGAGGGGAGCUUCAGUGGGGGAAGCUUGGGAAGGUGUUUGGACCAAGGAAAGAACUCCCAGAAUUUGUGAAGGAUGAUCUCCGGAGGGUUUAUGGCACCUACCCGCGGACAAAUGUCUCUAUAACUUAUCGGAAUGGGGAGUUCUUGGUCAAAGGAGACCCCAAGGUAGGAGAGCAGGAAUACACAGUGGAAAAAAAGGUCAUCCAGCGGGCUCUAACUCCCAGUGCCAGCGAGGCAGAUGACAGCAGCGAGGACCGGAACCGGAAGAAGAAAAAGAAAUUGAGACGUUGAUGUAGUCAGUCACCUCCUGGGCAGAUGCUCCAGAGCUCUUGUGGGAGCUGGUUGGCAGCUGUUCUUAGUGCAGUAGUGCAAGUAAUGGAUGCCACCACUCCUGCUGACUUUUAACUGCUCCCUGUCCUCCACAAGCUUACGGCAGCUUUAGCUGGUGUAAUGCAUGGUGCACGAUGCCCAUCCUGUGAAGAGACUGUGUGGCCCUGACUUUCUUUGGGAUCAGCCCUUUUUGGUCCUGGCUUUGAAAUGAAUGUUUGUCUUCCACUGCUUUGAGUGAUCAGUCUGGUGGGGGGGGGAUUUCCAGACAGCAGCCCUUGGCAGAAGAUGGGCCUCUUCCUUCACUGCCCAAGGGAAGUCCCUGGAAGCUGGCUCCCUUCCUGGCAGUCCUAUAAGGAGACCAAAACUAAAUUUCCUCCAAGUUGGAAGCAGUGCAGGUCCCAGAGGGGAAGCUCUUAAACACUGUAAAGAGGGUGGUUGCCUGCAUACCUUGUCACUGCUGUUUUAUGACCAUACUGUUGUGCUUACUCACCGUGUGAUGGUUGUACACAACACUUCCUACACGUUGGCAGAAGAUUUUGGGGUCCCUAUCCCCUUACACUUAGUGGUCUGGUGCUUAGUUCUCCUGGCAGUGUGUCCUUGUUCAAAUCACUGCUCAAGGCCCUGCUUUGGGUCUAACUUGGCUUUGGCUGGAGAUGCUGAUUCUCCGGUCAGGUUACUGGAGUUGUGUGAACUACAGUGCUUCUGCAGGUUGGUCUCUUGGAAGGGUGGACUUCAAAGAGUUGUACUGGAAAUGUGGAGGGGUGUGAAGGACUUGCUUGCAAACCUCUGUACCUUUUAAAUCAUUAUUAAUAAAUAA